AUGCUGGCAACAGACCACUCGGACUCCUCACAGCGGAUGUCGAAGCGACGUCUAGCUUGUGAGCGAUGCCGGAACCAGAAGCUCAAGUGUAUUCGGCGAGAUGAGAACGGUUUCGAGCCCUGCUUGAGGUGUAUGCAGGCUCAGGCGGAGUGCAUCAUCAGUCUGCGAAAGACGCCAGGCCGUCCUGCUGGGCGAAAUAAUCCUUCAGGUCAACACAAUUACACUCGGGUGGAUCAGGACACCCGACCCAUGUGCUUGGAUAGUAGCAAGGCACUCGAUUCCGGGUUUGUCCCAGGUAAUGGGUCAAUCAUAUCUGAAGACCUCUUUGAGGUCCCUUCCGACUUUUCUUUGGAGGGCAGCGGAAGUGACCCUGCGACGCUCUUCUCGUCGGGAUCGCCCCAGAUGUAUAUUCAAGACUUUCCGGACCCUCUGCUCAAAUAUCCCGAGCCAGCGACAGAUUUCCCAUUUACAUGGAGUUCUUCUGGUGACUCAAGUGUCGGCCGCCAAUCAUUUCACCUUCUAGACCAAAACUCUGAUCCUGGAUUCCAACUAUCACGUCUGCAACAAAAACUCUCCAAGCAACUGUUCCUCCUCCGGUCGUUAUCAUGGGACAUUACAGCUGUUAUGAAAUUGGACAGCGGCCCCUGCAGUUAUCAAAGACAGACAUGCGACGGAAGUCGGGAGUUCAACCCCCUCACCAGCACAUUUGAGGCCAUUUCAGAGUUUGAGCAUAUCCUCAAUACCGUAAGGAGUAUGACCACUCGCAGGGAGCAACAGGGAACUCCAGGCUUUCCACAGCAAAUGAACAUCUCUUAUUCGUUAACUGCCAUGUCUUGUUAUUUGCAGCUCGUCUUUAUAUAUGAUUGCAUCUUUUCAUACGUCCUCGAGCAGGCAUCAAGCAACCCAGUUGUGAGGGAUUUCAUCCUGCAUUCAACGCCAAAGGUUUCACUGGGAGGAUUCGUGGUACCAUCUCCAAAAAAUGUCUUCGGUCGAUUAUUUGUACAACUCAUGCAGCUCAAAAUAAGACCCGUCGAGUCUGCAUUGGGCCUUCCUGAAGACUGUUGUAUCUCAAAGGAACCAAACUGUGAUAGUGUUUCCGGAAGAGCUGGGCUUCUCUGCGGCAAGCAAGGAGAAUCACUUUUGGCGGCUUUGAAAGAAUCGGACGUUGAGGAAUCGAAUGAUGCAAAGACAUCAGGUGUUAUAGAAGCACUGAAAGACAAAAUGACGAGAAUAGAGUCACUUACGUAG